AUGGAUUUUGAAAUCUAUCAGAUAAGGAAAUGGAAGCUCAACCCAGUCAACUACCUUGUCAAAAUUUAUACAGCUGAGUCUAUGUUUGACUGGAUAAGCCACAACAAGGAGUUAUUCCUCCAGAGCCACACGGAGAUUGGCGUGAGCUACCAGCAUGCCCUAGACCUCCAGACGCAGCACAAUCACUUCGCCAUGAACUCCAUGGUGUUGGACUGGAUUGAAAACCACGGUGAGGCCUUUCUCAGCAAACACACCGGGGUUGGGAAGUCGCUGCAUCGAGCCCGGGCCCUGCAGAAGAGGCACGAUGACUUUGAAGAGGUGGCUCAGAAUACCUACACCAAUGCGGACAAGCUCCUAGAAGCUGCAGAGCAGCUGGCUCAGACCGGGGAAUGUGACCCCGAGGAGAUCUACAAGGCAGCACGACACCUGGAGGUACGCAUCCAGGACUUUGUGCGCAGGGUGGAACAGCGGAAGCUUCUCCUGGACAUGUCUGUCUCCUUCCACACACACACCAAAGAGCUGUGGACAUGGAUGGAAGACCUUCAGAAGGAGAUGCUGGAGGAUGUUUGUGCGGACUCAGUGGAUGCGGUCCAGGAACUGAUCAAGCAGUUCCAGCAGCAGCAGACCGCCACUCUGGAUGCCACGCUCAACGUCAUCAAGGAAGGCGAAGACCUUAUCCAGCAGCUCAGGUCAGCGCCUCCCUCCCUGGGGGAGCCCAGCGAGGCCAGGGACUCGGCUGUGUCCAACAACAAGGCACCCCACAGCAGCUCCAUCAGCCACAUCGAGUCAGUCCUGCAGCAGCUGGAUGAUGCCCAGGUGCAGAUGGAGGAGCUGUUCCACGAGCGGAAGAUCAAGCUGGACAUCUUCCUGCAGCUGCGCAUCUUCGAGCAGUAUACCAUUGAGGUGACGGCAGAGCUGGACGCCUGGAAUGAGGACUUGCUCCGGCAGAUGAAUGACUUCAACACGGAGGAUCUGACCCUGGCCGAGCAGCGGCUGCAGCGCCACACGGAGCGGAAGCUAGCCAUGAACAACAUGACGUUCGAGGUCAUCCAGCAGGGCCAGGAUCUGCACCAGUACAUCAUGGAGGUCCAGGCCUCAGGAAUUGAGUUAAUCUGUGAGAAAGACAUUGAUCUGGCAGCCCAGGUACAAGAGCUACUGGAGUUUCUCCAUGAGAAGCAACACGAAUUGGAGCUCAACGCAGAGCAGACCCAUAAGCGGCUGGAGCAGUGCCUCCAACUGAGGCACCUACAGGCCGAGGUCAAACAGGUCCUGGGAUGGAUCCGCAAUGGGGAGUCAAUGCUCAACGCCAGCCUCGUCAAUGCCAGCUCUUUGUCUGAAGCAGAACAGCUGCAGCGGGAACACGAGCAGUUCCAACUGGCAAUCGAGUCCCUCUUUCAUGCCACUUCCUUGCAGAAGACGCACCAGAGUGCCCUGCAGGUACAGCAGAAAGCUGAGGCACUGCUCCAGGCCGGCCACUAUGACGCCGACGCCAUCCGGGAAUGUGCCGAGAAGGUGGCCCUCCACUGGCAGCAGCUCAUGCUGAAGAUGGAAGACCGGCUAAAACUAGUCAAUGCCUCUGUGGCAUUUUAUAAAACUUCUGAACAGGUCUGUAGUGUCCUGGAGAGUUUAGAGCAAGAAUACCGGAGAGACGAGGACUGGUGUGGUGGACGAGAUAAACUGGGGCCAGCAGCCGAGAUCGACCAUGUCAUCCCACUCAUCAGCAAACAUUUGGAACAAAAGGAGGCCUUUCUUAAGGCCUGUACCCUGGCACGGCGGAACGCGGAGGUGUUCCUCAAGUACAUCCACAGGAACAACGUUAGCAUGCCCAGUGCCGCCGGCCACACCCGGGGACCUGAGCAGCAGGUGAAAGCCUGUCCCCACAGCCCUCUGCACAAUGGUGUAGACAGACAAACAAAGGAGAAGGUGAAGCUUCUGAUUCAACUGGCCGAUAGCUUUGUGGAAAAAGGCCACAUUCAUGCCACGGAGAUCAGAAAAUGGGUGACCACGGUGGACAAGCAUUACAGAGACUUCUCCUUGAGGAUGGGAAAGUACCGGUACUCCCUGGAAAAAGCGCUAGGCGUCAACACAGAGGACAACAAGGACCUGGAGCUGGACAUCAUCCCAGCAAGCCUUUCAGAUCGUGAGGUCAAGCUACGGGACGCCAACCACGAAGUCAAUGAAGAGAAGCGGAAGUCAGCCCGGAAGAAAGAAUUCAUUAUGGCUGAAUUGCUGCAGACGGAGAAGGCUUAUGUAAGGGACUUACAUGAGUGCUUAGAGACAUACCUGUGGGAAAUGACCAGCGGCGUGGAGGAGAUCCCCCCUGGGAUCCUUAAUAAAGAGCACAUCAUCUUUGGCAACAUCCAGGAGAUCUACGAUUUUCAUAACAACAUCUUCCUCAAAGAGUUGGAGAAGUAUGAGCAGCUGCCUGAGGAUGUGGGACACUGCUUUGUUACCUGGGCAGACAAAUUUCAGAUGUACGUCACCUACUGUAAAAACAAGCCUGAUUCCAAUCAGCUGAUCCUGGAGCACGCAGGCACCUUCUUUGAUGAAAUACAGCAGCGGCACGGUCUGGCCAACUCCAUCUCCUCCUACCUAAUCAAACCCGUCCAGAGGAUCACCAAGUACCAACUGCUCCUGAAGGAACUUUUAACUUGCUGUGAAGAAGGGAAGGGGGAGCUCAAGGAUGGCCUGGAGGUGAUGCUCAGUGUCCCAAAGAAAGCCAAUGAUGCCAUGCAUGUCAGCAUGCUGGAAGGGUUCGACGAGAACCUGGAUGUGCAGGGAGAGCUGAUUCUCCAGGAUGCCUUCCAAGUGUGGGACCCAAAGUCGCUGAUCCGGAAGGGGCGGGAGCGGCACCUGUUCCUCUUUGAGAUCUCCUUGGUUUUUAGCAAGGAGAUCAAAGACUCUUCAGGACACACGAAAUAUGUUUACAAGAACAAGCUACUGACCUCAGAGCUGGGUGUGACCGAGCACGUAGAAGGUGAUCCCUGCAAAUUCGCCUUGUGGUCUGGGCGCACCCCCUCCUCAGACAAUAAAACAGUGCUGAAAGCCUCCAACAUAGAAACCAAGCAAGAGUGGAUCAAGAACAUUCGAGAGGUGAUUCAAGAAAGGAUCAUUCACCUGAAAGGAGCUUUAAAGGAGCCAAUUCAGCUCCCCAAAACACCAGCCAAACAGAGGAACAAUAGUAAGAGGGAUGGAGUGGAGGAUGUUGACAGCCAGGGGGAUGGGAGCAGCCAGCCAGACACCAUCUCCAUCGCCUCCAGGACCUCUCAGAAUACAGUGGACAGUGACAAGCUCUCUGGCGGAUGUGAGUUGACCGUGGUCCUCCAGGACUUCAAUGCAGGCCACAGCAGCGAGCUGACCAUCCAGGUGGGGCAGACGGUGGAGCUGCUGGAGCGGCCCAGCGAGCGGCCGGGCUGGUGUCUGGUCCGUACCACGGAACGGAGCCCCCCCCAGGAGGGCCUGGUUCCCAGCAGCGCCCUGUGCAUCUCCCAUUCCCGAAGCAGCGUGGAGAUGGACUGCUUCUUCCCCUUGGUGAAAGGGAUCCAUCACGGCAAGCGGGAAAAAUAACUGGAGGAUGAAUAG